UUGUGAUUUCCCACGGCACAUGAAGGCAGCAUUAAAGCGACACUGGUUACAAACUGGAUCCAGUUCAUACUGAUCCAAAACAACAGACAGAGAGAGUGAGACAGGGAGGAUCAUGUAUGAAAAUAUCCCCACAGUCUCCACAGCGGAGCGUCAGCAGGUGCUGGGGGCUCUGGAGCGUCUGCAGGCCAAACUGGUGCAGAGGGAGGAGUGGACACACAGCGACAACGUGGGCAACCUCAGGGAAACACUGCAAUGUCCGCUGUUCAGCCACAUCCUCACCCUGCAGCACUCCAUCAAACAGCUGAGAAACCAGCUGAGCAGCCUGCCUCCUGACGCCUGCAGCGACUUCAGCUUCUCCACCAAAGGUCAGCUGAUCCUGAGCGCCACUCAUCCAGCUGGCAGCUUGGCUCCGCCCACCCAGUCAGCCCCGCCCUCCGUCCUGACCAAUGGCUCAGCUCCGCCCACGCACCAAGCCCCGCCCUCGCCUGACCGCCUCCGGAGAUGGAUCCACACUGCGGCCAAGGGACGUCACACGGAGCUGGUGGCUCUGACCCAGCCCAGGUCUGGAGGUCUGGGCUUCAGUGUUGUCGGUCUGAAUCCUGAAGGAAGCAGCAGCCACGGAGUUUUCGUCAAACACAUCCAACCUGGAGGCCUCGCACACAGGGACGGGCAUCUGCAGGAGCGGGACCAGAUCCUGGUGAUAAACGGCUGUCCUGUGGAGCCGGGCAUCAGCCAGCACCAGGCCCUCGCCCUGCUGCAGCAGCCGGGGGAGAGGGUGGAGCUCGUGGUGGCCAGGGACCGCCCACCGAACGCAUCAUCACCGCCGAUCCCGACCAUCAACACGGAGCAGUGGGGCCACGUGGAGGAGAUCGAGCUGGUGAACGACGGAUCCGGUUUGGGCUUCGGCAUCGUGGGAGGGAAGGCGACCGGCGUGGUGGUCAGGACCCUCAUACCAAACAGCGUGGCCGACAAGGACGGGCGUCUCCGUACGGGCGACCACAUCCUCCGCAUCGGGGCGACGCCCACCAGCGGCCUGACCAGCGACCAGGUGGUCAAGGUGCUGCAGGCCUGCGGGAGUCAUGUGACCAUGCUGGUCGCCAGGGACCCGCGGGGUCAGAGGUCGCCCGCCCGGCCGCCGCCGCCGCCUCCAGACUCCGCCCCCGUGUCCUCCCUGCCCCCCCGACCCCAGCGCAGGGUCAGCAAAAUGCCCAACCUGGAGGGCUAUGAGAUCCACGAGGUUCCUCUCACCAAGAAGGAAGGCCAGAGCCUCGGCAUCUCCAUCAUCGGCCACAACGCCCUGACCAGCCAAGACGCCGUCGGUGUGUUUGUCAAACACGUGGUUCCAGGCAGCGCCGCCGACCACAGCGGAAACAUCCGAGUUUACGACCGACUGAUAGCGCUGGACGGUAUCAGUCUUCACGGUCUGACCAAUCAGGAGGUGUUGGAGGUGAUGAAGCAGACGGGUCAGACUGUCGUCCUCACGCUGGUCAGGAAGAGGCCCAGAGUGCUGGAGAGGAGCCUGGACAAAGUGGAGAGGGGGGAGUCCCGCAUGUCGCUGAGGAGGUCGUUGGAGACUCGCUCCUCGCUGUUCAGCCCCGCGACCACGACCACGGCGCCCGAGCCAACACACACCAGCACAGCUCAGGAAACACUGGCCUCAGAGGCGGAGCUCAGGGCUAAGUGGCAGCAGGCUUUAGGACCGCAGUACCAAGUUCUGAUUGUGAAGUUGGAUCCUGUCAUUGAAAUGGAAGAUGAUGCAGAGCUGCAGAAAUACUCAAAGCUGCUGCCCGUCCACACACUGCGUCUCGGUGUCGAGUUGGACUCCUUCGACGGUCACCACUACAUCUCCUCUGUGGCUGCUGGAGGCCCCGCCCACAAACACGGGGUCCUGAGACCAGAGGACGAGCUGCUGGAGGUGAACGGUGUUCAGCUGUACGGGAAGUCUCGUCGGGAGGCGGUGUCGUUCCUCAGGGAGGUUCCUCCACCUUUCACCCUGAUCUGCUGCCGACACCCGACCUCUGACCUCGAACCAGAGCCAGAACCAGAACCUGAGCCAGAGCCUGGACCUGAACGCACCGUGGACGAGAUUGAGCUGAAGCUGUCGUCUCUGCUGUGCAAACAGACGGGGCCGAGCGGCAUCAGAGAGCAGCAGGAGGACAGACAGGAGCUGGAGGCCUCAGAGGAGGAGAUGCAGGAGGAGGCGACAGCAACGGAGACGCCACAGCACAGACGGGAAGACGAGGAAGAAGAGGAGGAGGAGGAGGAGGAGGAGGAGGAAGGGGAGCUGGCUCUGUGGUCUCCAGACGUUCUGAUGUUGGAGCUGCAGAAGGAGAAAGACAAAGGCCUCGGCUUCAGCAUCCUCGACUACCAGGACCCGGUGGAUCCCGGUCGCUGUGUGAUGGUUAUCCGUUCUCUGGUUCCUGGUGGUUCUGCGGAGCAGCAUGGAGGUCUUCUUCCUGGAGACCAGCUGGUUUCGGUGAACCAGACCCAGCUGGACCUGCUCAGCCUGGCCGAGGCGGUGGACGUCCUGAAGUCCGCCCCGCCUGGCACCGUCCAGCUGGGCAUCCGCAAGCCUCUGGUGGUGGAGGGGACAGAAGGUGGGGGACGCAGAGAGGACAGCAGCCACAUCAACACACACCUGACUGUGCCCCAGGGUCUGAGUGAAGACCUUCAACAGGAGGAGGAGGAGGAGGAGGAGGAGGAGGAGGAGGAGCCAGAGCUGAUCCUGGAUGGCGGCCUCCCUCGCUACGCCUCCUCUCUGAGCUCUAACCUCCUGCCUGAGGAGGGCAGGGAGAUGGCUGUGGAUGAGGAGGAGGAGGAGGAGGAGGAUGAGGAGGAAGAGCAAGAGGAGGAGGAGGUGCAGGCGGAGGAGAGAGAGGAGGAGAGAGCAGCCUCCUUCCGCAGGAAAGAUCCUCCGUCGUGGGAGGAGUGGAGGCUCUCCUCGUUCAGCCGGGCCGCAGGAGCAGAGGGGACGGGGACAGAAGAGGAGGAGGAGGAGGAGGAGGAGGAGGCUGUGAAGCUGGGCGAUGAAGAUGCAGAGUCUGUUGGACACUUGCUGCUAGACUGCAGAGACAGCGAGGCGGACUCGGAGCUCACCUUGACGGACACAGACACAGAGUCCAUGCGGAUGAUUGACAGAGAGAGGAAGAAGAGGCGGAGCCAGAGAGGAACUUAUCCACCAAUCAGAGGAGGCCACAGUGAUCUACCUGAAAGAGAGGAAGGUGAGGGAGAGGAAACACCUGCAUUCAGCCACUGGGGACCCCCCCGCAGGGUGGAGGUGUGGCCGGAGCAGGGCCAGUCUCUGGGCCUGAGCAUCGUGGGCGGCCGACACGUCAUCAAGCGCCUGAGGAACGGGGAGGAGCUGAAGGGGAUCUUCAUCAAACAGGUUCUGCCAGACAGUCCAGCCGCCCGGACGCUCUGCCUGAAGACCGGAGACAAGAUCCUGGAGGUGUCAGGUGUCGACCUCCAGGCUGCCAGUCAUGAGGAGGCGGUCAACGCCAUCAAAUCAGCUCCCAGCCCCGUGGUGUUCAUCGUCCAGAGCCUUUCUGCCACACCACGGCCUGUGUCGUUAACAGCUCCCAGCUACAGUAAGCACAAGGAGAAGAGGACGGCGUCUCUGAAAACAACAUUAGCCCCGCCCCCUGCGAGGCAGCCGCCACCCUACAGACCUCCCAACCAAUCAGAGCAAGAGCCUGACCCUGAUGUGCAGCAUGCCAAAGGGCUUGUGGCCUGACUGCUUGUAUGAACCAGGGAUCCACACACACUCCCCUACACACACACACACACACACACACCCACUAGGCCUGUGGCGGACGUCUUUAUAUUUAUUCCUGUUGGCUUGGUUCAUUCUGUCUCUGCCUCCUUCUGGGUGCGUUUGGUUUCACAGCAGGGGUGGUGCAGGCGGACGGGGCCGUCCUGAGAGUUUCGGGCUGCUGGUUGGAGGGUUUACCUCUUAGUGGGAGGGGCUUAAAUCCUGCUGGUGUGAAUGGGAUCUGGUGCUGGCUGGUCAAGUUGAUUUAAAUGAGCAGAAAUCGGUGGUUCCUCUGGAUGAUUCUGAAAAUUAAAAAAUGACUUUUCCACUUUUCCACCUUAUUUGACAGUUUUCCAAGUCACACACUGCUAUUAGACAAUGCCAAAAAAAAAUGUCAAAAACAUUAAGUGGCUUGAAAAACAAUGUAAGUUCAAUAAAAUUCCACCAGUUAAACAUUUUUGAAAAGCCUCCUGUCGAAUAAAACUGCCUUUUUCUCUGCA